AUGCAAUCAAUAAAAGUCACAUGGAGAAAGCUAGCUACAAAUGUACGGUCUUCUAGAUCAUUCGCAAGACUAAGGGAAAUAGGGAAAACUGCGUUUAGCAACAAAUAUUUAUUGUACACUAAUGUAACUAUAUCAGUGAGCUUAUCAGCUUUAGGUGACUUAAUGGAACAAACUUAUGAAGUGUAUACAAAGGACAUGGAUAAAUAUGAUUUCAAACGGACUAUGCAUAUGGGUUUUUCUGGUGCUGCAGUAGGUGUACUUUGUCAUCACUGGUAUAAGGUGCUUGAUAAAUUUAUUAUAGGAAAGUCAACUGACAUGGUGAUAAAGAAACUAGUCUUAGACCAAUUAAUUUUUUCACCAAUAAUGAUUGUAACAUUCUUUGGUAGUUUAGCCUUAUUGGAAGAGGACCCUGUAGGCAAUUUUAAGGAGGAGGUAGCACAAAAGUUUGUUACAUUAUAUAAAGCUGAGUGGAUGGUCUGGCCUCCGGCACAAAUUAUCAAUUUUUACUUUUUACCAACUAGAUUUAGAGUUUUAUACGACAACACGAUAUCACUAGGCUAUGAUGUGUAUACAUCUCAAGUAAAGCACAAUAAAAAUAAUCUUCGAACUACAAGCGAUCGUAAAUCAUCUUGA